AGAGAGGGAGGGAGUGGGGGAGAGGUCGGUCUAAAAUCCAGGGAAGCCUGCAAGUUAACACCGUGAACGAGCUUGACUUCCAUCGACGUAGCUCGUAGCCCCCACCAUUAUUCAUUAUUCACCACCAUCACGACCAUCCCCUCACCAUCCUCUCUCUUUCUCUGACCUCUUAUAACUUCCCUUCUUUCUCUCUCUCUCUCUCUCUUCUCUCACCCUCCCCCCUUCCCUCCAUGCUUCUCUUGGAAGUCACAUGGAGGCGCGAGCGACCCGGGCCCUCCUCUUCCGUCCCUCGUAGCCAACAAGAAGCGGAAAGAAGCAAGAAACAAGAAACAAGGAAGAAGGAAGGAAAGAAGGCGCCGCGGCCCUUUCCCUUGCCGGCCCUCUUCGUCUCGCGGGUCGUCCCGUUUCGCUCCUCUCAGGUUACCCAUUAACUUGAGCCAGUCAAAUGCAAGAUUCAAGAAUGUUAUUUGCUGAGGAAGUUUCAGAUGUGAAGCCGAGGAAGAAGAAAGCUCCUUCAAGAAGGGCAACUGUGCUUCCAUCGCAAGGUAAUGGUGUUCAUGGGGUUCAACAGCUGAAGGGUGCUCCAUCAGCGAAGAAUGGACAGAGGACCUCCAAAAGAAACCUGAAGAAUGAUGUCUCCACAUUGCUUCCUCAGCAAGAGAGAUCAAAUUCAGAUUCAUUGCCAGACUCUUCUACAUCCGGGGAUGAGUAUCGAGCACUGAGAAGGAGAUAUUUGCUUCUAGAGGAAGAAAGCUUUUCCUUGGGGAACGAGUUGAGGGAGGUUGAGAAAGAAGUUAAGGUGCUUGAAGAGGAAAAAUUUGCACUGCUGGAUAAACUUGUGGUGCUAGAAGGCUUGAUCGAUCCCUCAGAGUUGCAUGUGUAGGGCCUACACCAAAGAUUAUAGCGAGAUAUGAUAAUGGCAGACAAAGCAGACGGUCUAUAUAGUACAGAUGAUGAUCCUUGUUCAUAGUAGAGCUCAACCUCUCAGUUAUGUCGGCCCACUUAAAACUUGGGAGACAGCAAAUGAUAAAGUUAGUCACAGUUUGGGUUCUAACUGAUUUGAACACCAAUGUUGUAAUGGUUUCGUGUCAAAAAUUAUAAUUUUAAAUAUCUUUGUGGUUACCUUUUUUCUUCUCUUCUUUAUUUUUAUGGAGAACUUUUUGGAGCU